CUCUUCCUCUUCCUCCUUUUCCUGGACUUUGACCGUGCAGCGCCUGCGGGAGACUCACACAAACACACACGACAGAGCUCCAGGAUGCUUCAUGUGACGGACAGACGGUCUUGUGGUGCCUUCACUGUCCUGGUCGUCCUCGCCCUGAUACACUCAUGUAGAGGUCGUUCCGAGGUGAUCGGUCCGUCUCAGCCAAUAGUGGCGACGGUCGGCGAUGACGUCGUUCUGCCGUGUCACCUGGAGCCCGUCCUGAGCGCUGUAGACAUGACCGUGGAGUGGGCGAGGCCCGACCUGGACCCCAGGUUUGUCCUGGUGUGGCGCGACGGCAAGGAGCUGGAGAGUAAGAAACAUCCGUCCUACAGAGGGAGGACGUCUCUGUCCACCGAGGGACUGAAGCUCGGAGACGUUUCACUGAAACUCUCCACGGUGGAAAUAUCUGACGAGGGAACGUACAGAUGCUUCUUCCCAGAGUUAGACCAAGCCCCUGAUGUUCAGCUGCUCGUAGGUGCCGUCUCCUCACCUGUAAUCCAGACGAGCCAAAGCGGCGUUGGCGGUGGUGUGUUGUUACAGUGUGAGUCUGAGGGCUGGUAUCCAGAGCCGGAGGUGUUGUGGCUGGACGGGGAGGGAGACGUCCUCUCUGCUGGACCUACAGAGACACUCAGACGUCCUGAUGACCUCUAUACUGUCAACAGCAGACUGACAGUGGACCAGAGACACAGCAGCAACUUCACAUGUAGAGUCCAACAGAAGAGCAUCAACCAGACCAGAGAGACACGCGUCCAUGUUCCAGAUCAUUUCUUCAUGGUGCCCAGUACUCCCAGUACUCCCAGGACUCCUGAUGCUCCCAGUACUCCCAGUACCUCCAGUACCUCCAGUACUCCCAGUACUCCUGGUGUUAUUAUUGGUUCAGUUAUUGCUGCGUUGCUGUUUAUUGCUGCACUUCUCUUCAUUGUGUGGAAAUGGAGACAAAAGAAAUCCAAACCCAGGAGGAUGAGCCCAGAGGACGGACCUGACCAGACAGACGAGGAGAAGACGGUCUCAUCUAAAAGUGACAACACAGGAUCUCAGGUGGUGAUGGAAGGAGAAGGAGAACGUGAACCGCUCAUGGCAGGAAGAGAAGAAGAGAACAAUGUGGACGAUAGAGGAGAGGAGGGUGAACGUAAAGAUGAGACACACCACGGUGAGUUAGUGACAGAACCAGACGUGGACGGGGCAGACAGAGGAAGGGGAAUCAAAUCCAUAAAGCAGGACGUGGCGGGAAGACAAGUAAAAAACGACGGGGACGAGGAUGGAGGAGAGCAGACGGUGAAACCAGUAGAGGAAGAUUCAGGACUUCCUCUGGUUCUGGUUGAAGAAGGACUAGAAGAGUCCAACGUGCAUCAGGAGGUACAGAAAGAAGGAGAGACACGGCAAGACCCGAUGAACGACGUGGACAAGAAAGAAGCAAAGAAAGAGAACGAGCAGAAAGAAGUAAGUUCUGGACGGACGGGACAGAAGAAGAAGAAGAAGAAGAACUGGAGAGAACAAAUGCAACCGGAGGUAGGAAGACGGAGCGUGGAGCUUCAAUCAAAGACGCAGAAAAGAAAAGACGAGAUGAAGCUCAAACAACAGAAAGGAGGUGUUUUAGAGGACAGGAAACAGGAGGGGAGUGAAGCAGAACACAGAGAAAAGAUAGAAAAACAUCAGGAGGGAAACCAGAGUGACCGUACGAUGACGAAGGGAAGAGAAGCAGAGAACCAGAAGGAGACCGAGGAAAAGAGGGAGCUUCAGAAGCAGGAAGUAGAGGCUAGAGACCUCAGAACACAAGAAGGAGCUUUAGAUACCAACAGACAAGAAGCAGAACAUCUGGAUGAGGAAGGAAAACAUCAGGAGGGAAACCAGAGUGACCGGACGAUGACGACAGGAAGGAAAGCAGAGAACCAGAAGGAGCUAAUUAAUGUGAAACCGAAGGAGACGGAGGAAAAGAGGCAAGACGUGGAGGCUAGAGAACGGGAUAAAGACCUCAGAACACAGGAAGGAGCUUCAGAUGCCAGGAGACAAGAAGCAGAACAUCUGGAUGAGAAAGGAAAACAUCAGGAGGGAAACCAGAGUGACCGGAUGACGACGAUGACGGGAAGGAAAGAAGAGAACCAGAAGGAGCUAAUUAAUGAGACGGUGAAGGAGACGGAGGACGAGAGGCAAGAAGAAAUAAAGAAGGAUGGAGAGAAGAUAGAGCUCAAAACACAGGAAGGAGAUGGCAGCAAAGAUCAGGAGGGAAACCAGAGGGACUUUACUAGAAAGGUGCAAAUCAAUGAGAAAUCAAAGGAGACCGAGAGAGAGAAGAAGCCUCCAUCAGCCGGUAGGGAAGAGACCAGGAAGAGACCAGACCUCAGAAGACAUCAGGAAACAGCAGGGAGGGAACACCAAGAGCUCCAACAGGAGGAAGAAUCUGAGAAAAGUCAUGAAGAAACCAAAAAGCAGCCAGAGCGAUGCAGCGUUGGUAAAGGAAGACGGGAAGACGGGACGGACGAAGGACCUGAUGUUGAUGAAAAUCAACAGAAAUCUGAGGGGCUGAGACGAAGAGGACAGCAACAACAACAAGAGGACGUAAUAGAAGAGGUCAGACAGCAGCCAGAGGAAUCCUCCCAACGUCUCACAGACGGAGGAGUGCAGAGUCAGGAAGUAGAGCAGGAGGAGCCGAUGGAGGUUAACACAUCAAGACCUCGAUUAAAAGCCAAGAGAGGAGUAAGACGACAGAAACAAGAGCAGAAGGUCCCUGUAGUCGAGAGGAUGAUGAAGAGGAGGAAGGGUCGAGAGGAAGGUGCAGACACCGAAGACUUCCAAGAAGCCAAAAUAUAUGUUAUGAGUGAGGAAGACCGACAGGAGGAGGAGAUGGACAUGUAG